CAGACGGAGCAUCAGAAGUUUUCAUAACAAGUCGUCGAGGCGGAACCCGGAGGCAGAUAAGAAGUAACCACAAAAAUGAUUAGUGCGACUAUAAGAGGAGCUUUACGGCCGUGCAGAAAUCUGCUGGAAGUGCGAAGUUCACCUGCACUACAGGCAGUGAGAAACAGAUCACAUUUGCCUCUUAACACUGUCGUGCUGUUUGUACCACAACAAGAGGCUUGGGUUGUGGAACGAAUGGGAAAAUUCCAUCGGAUACUUGAACCUGGAAUUAAUGUACUGAUUCCAUUCUUAGACCGAGUCAGAUAUGUACAAAGCUUAAAGGAAAUUGCCAUAGAUGUUCCAAAACAAGCUGCAAUUACUUCUGAUAAUGUGACAUUGAGUAUAGAUGGUGUGUUGUAUCUGCGUAUUUUGGAUCCAUACCGAGCAAGUUAUGGAGUAGAAGAUCCAGAAUUUGCCAUAACACAGCUAGCACAAACAACAAUGAGGUCAGAAUUGGGAAAAAUUUCCCUGGAUUAUGUAUUCCGUGAGAGAGAAAAUUUAAAUAUUGGCAUUGUUGAGGUAAUCAACAAAGCCUCAGAAGCUUGGGGCAUCACUUGUCUCCGUUAUGAAAUCCGAGACAUCAAACUUCCUGCUCGGGUUCAAGAAGCUAUGCAGAUGCAGGUUGAAGCUGAAAGACGAAAACGAGCAGCCAUUCUUGAAUCUGAGGGAGUGAGAGAAGCUGAGAUCAAUGUUGCCGAGGGAAAACGACAAGCUCGGAUUUUAGCAUCAGAGGCUGAGAAGAUAGAGCAAAUCAAUACAGCUGAAGGUCAAGCCCAAGCCCUGGGGAUUGUCAGCCAGGCUCUUGAACAUAAGGAAGGUCUCAAUGCAGCAUCAUUAUCAACAGCACACUCCUAUAUCCAGGCAUUCCAGAACAUGGCUACUAAGAACAACACUUUAAUUUUGCCAGCUAAUGUUUCUGAUGUAACUGGCAUGGUUGGAACUGCUGUGACUGCUUAUAAAACCCUUUCAAAAACCUUCCUCACCUUGUCUGACAAAGAGGAAUCUGGAAGCAAUUCUAAAUUAGGAAAUGAGGAAGACGCUGUUGGUAAACCAUAAAAUCCAUUGUAUAUAUAUGUUUGCAGAAAGAGAAUGUUUUGUUUGUGGGAAAAUGUUUAAUAGAAUGCAAAGUCUUGUACUUUACAAGUAGUUCAAGCCUAGUGUAAUAUUUCUUUCCAUAGGUACUCUCGAGUUUUUGUGUAUGAUUUAAACUUAAUCAAAUAAAAUUUGAACCUUCCA